AUGGCAGGGACGACAUACAUCUAUUACGUUUGGACAGCGGGAAAGGGGAUCAAGGUACGGACGACAUGGAGUAUUCGGAAGAAAUCCAGUCGAAACUUGAGCAGUGCCCUCAAAGUACCGGCUCUUUCUUACCUUUUGGAUCAGCCCUCCCAAAUGCUUCCCCCGACCGCCACUCUCAGGAGCAACCAUUGCCAAACAUAA